GAACACUCAGUCAGACUGGUGGAUGGGCGCAGUUCCUGCUCUGGGACAGUGGAAGUCUUCUACAGAGGAGAGUGGUCAGUUCUAUGUACUGGGUGGUGGAGCAUGAAAGAUGUUAUGGUUGUGUGUAGAGAGCUGCGCUGUGGGGAUGCUGUAGCUGAAUCUGAAGGACCUCUGGUUGAAGAGGGAAGACGAGGAGUCGCCAUAAAGAGUUGCAGGGGACAUGAGUCUACUAUUACAGAGUGUGGCUUCAGAGAAGGAGGACCUGGUUACUGUGAUGGUAGAAAUUAUCAUUAUGUGAUCUGUUCAGAUCUCCAGGCUCAAAGCGUCAGUCCACCAGCUGAACUCUCAGUCAGACUGGUGAAUGGGACCACUUCCUGUUCUGGGACAGUGGAAGUCUUCUACAGAGGAGAGUGGUUGGGUCUAUGUUCUAGGUGGUGGGGCAUGAAAGAGACCAAGAUUUUGUAA